AUGCCGACCUCCCUUCCGAAAAUCCUUUUCUGCUCCCACGAGAUUUCAUAUUCAUUGCUAGGUCGUGGUUGUUUAGCUUAUUUCAGUAUGGAUAUCACCUCGUCUUUUCCUUACAUGACAACAUCUCACAAAUAUUUUAACACAGACCACUUCACCAGUAGGCCAGAUACAUCGCAUAACAAGUCUUCCUACUCGACAGCACCAACUGAACCACUCCACGUGGGUACAACUUCGGGAUUGGAUCGCAAGCCGUCAGGUCCUAUAGCUCCGCCCACUCGCCAAUGUGAGAAUCAGAAAAGAUACGAAAAAGUCCUACCAAGCUCAAAAUCCGGUGGCAUUCCUGACCCAACAACCUGUUACAUCGGAGAUGCUCUCGCUCGUCCGUUUCUCCUCCGGAAGCCGCAGCAUCUGCUCGUAGUCCUCGACCUUAAUGGCACACUAAUUUACCGCCCCAGCAAGAAGAAUCCAGCGCGCUUCAUCAGGCGCCCGCAUGCCUUGCGCUUUUUACGAUAUUGCGUCGAGAAUUUCACUGUAGUAAUCUGGUCGUCAGCUCGCCCGGAAAACGUCGAGCUCAUUUGCAAACGACUCAUUCCUCCAUCGCUUAGAAAACGUCUAACAGCUAUUUGGGCUCGAAAUAAGUUUGGUCUAGUUAAAGAAGAUUAUGAUCUCAGAGUUGUAUGCUUCAAACGCUUGAGUAAAUUGUGGAGAGAUGCCUCAAUAUCACAAUCACACCCUGAUUACUCGAGUGGUGGCCGGUGGGACCAGACUAACACCGUCCUUAUUGAUGACUCGUUUGAAAAAGGUAGAUCUGAACCAUUCAAUCUGAUCAGAGUACCAGAGUUUUUGGGAGAUAUCCACGAAUCAGAUGAUGUAUUGCCUAAGGUUCUCGAGUACUUGGAUUGUCUGUCCUCAUACUCAAACAUAAGUGCGUAUAUACACAAAGAUCCAUUUGCAAUAAGAAUAGAAUAA